AUGUGGUUGACGAUCCUGAGGUGGUGCCGGCACCCCUUGAGUUGCCUCAAAGGCCCCCCACCUUUUGUCCCAUACACCUCCUUCUCACCAGUCCACCUUUUGUCCCAUACACCUCCUUCUCACCAGUCCACCUUUUGUCCCAUACACCUCCUUCUCACCAGUCCACCUUUUGUCCCAUACACCUCCUUCUCACCAGUCCAACUUUUGUCCCAUACACCUCCUUCUCACCAGUCCACCUUUUGUCCCAUACACCUCCUUCCCACCAGUCCACCUUUUGUCCCAUACACCUCCUUCUCACCAGUCCACCUUUUGUCCCAUACACCUCCUUCUCACCAGUCCACCUUUUGUCCCAUACACCUCCUUCUCACCAGUCCACCUUUUGUCCCAUACACCUCCUUCUCACCAGUCCACCUUUUGUCCCAUACACCUCCUUCUCACCAGUCCACCUUUUGUCCCAUACACCUCCUUCUCACCAGUCCUCCUUUUGUCCCAUACACCUCCUUCUCACCAGUCUACCUUUUGUCCCAUACACCUCCUUCUCACCAGUCCUCCUUUUGUCCCAUACACCUCCUUCUCACCAGUCCACCUUUUGUCCCAUACACCUCCUUCUCACCAGUCCACCUUUUGUCCCAUACACCUCCUUCUUACCAGUCCACCUUUUGUCCCAUACACCUCCUUCUCACCAGUCCACCUUUUGUCCCAUACACCUCCUUCUCACCAGUCCACCUUUUGUCCCAUACACCUCCUUCUCACCAGUCCUCCUUUUGUCCCAUACACCUCCUUCUCACCAGUCCACCUUUUGUCCCAUACACCUCCUUCUCACCAGUCCACCUUUUGUCCCAUACACCUCCUUCUCGCCAGUCCUCCUUUUGUCCCAUACACCUCCUUCUCACCAGUCCACCUUUUGUCCCAUACACCUCCUUCUCACCAGUCCACCUUUUGUCCCAUACACCUCCUUCUCACCAGUCCACCUUUUGUCCCAUACACCUCCUUCUCACCAGUCCUCCUUUUGUCCCAUACACCUCCUUCUCACCAGUCCACCUUUUGUCCCAUACACCUCCUUCUCACCAGUCCACCUUUUGUCCCAUACACCUCCUUCUCACCAGUCCUCCUUUUGUCCCAUACACCUCCUUCUCACCAGUCCACCUUUUGUCCCAUACACCUCCUUCUCACCAGUCCACCUUUUGUCCCAUACACCUCCUUCUCACCAGUCCACCUUUUGUCCCAUACACCUCCUUCUCACCAGUCCACCUUUUGUCCCAUACACCUCCUUCUCACCAGUCCACCUUUUGUCCCAUACACCUCCUUCUCACCAGUCCUCCUUUUGUCCCAUACACCUCCUUCUCACCAGUCCACCUUUUGUCCCAUACACCUCCUUCUCACCAGUCCUCCUUUUGUCCCAUACACCUCCUUCUCACCAGUCCACCUUUUGUCCCAUACACCUCCUUCUCACCAGUCCACCUUUUGUCCCAUACACCUCCUUCUCACCAGUCCACCUUUUGUCCCAUACACCUCCUUCUCACCAGUCCACCUUUUGUCCCAUACACCUCCUUCUCACCAGUCCUCCAGCCACAUGUGGUUCACGAUCCUGAGUGGGUGAGCCACCUGGCAGUGACCACCACCUUGCCGUCGCUCUCUGCCCUCACGCACAGCUCGUCCUCCUGGCGGGGUGGAUGGGUAAGAAGGGAGGAGGGGUGGAUGGGUGGUGAGGGGGAUGGGCAGUGGGGGAGGCGUGGACAGCAGCGCCAGUGGGCAGUGUCAUCACCACCAUUAUCACCUUGGUGUCACUCUCUGCCCUCCCACGCUCUCUGCCCUCCCACGCUCUCUGCCCUCCCACGCUCUCUGCCCUCCCACGCUCUCUGCCCUCCCACGCUCUCUGCCCUCCCACGCUCUCUGCCCUCCCACGCUCUCUGCCCUCCCACGCUCUCUGCCCUCCCACGCUCUCUGCCCUCCCACGCUCUCUGCCCUCCCACGCUCUCUGCCCUCCCAGGCUCUCUGCCCUCCCAGGCUCUCUGCCCUCCCACGCUCUCUGCCCUCCCACGCUCUCUGCCCUCCCACGCUCUCUGCCCUCCAACGCUCUCUGCCCUCCCAGGCUCUCUGCCCUCCCACGCUCUCUGCCCUCCCACGCUCUCUGCCCUCCCGCGCUCUCUGCCCUCCCACGCUCUCUGCCCUCCCACGCUCUCUGCCCUCCCACGCGCUCUGCCCUCCCACGCGCUCUGCCCUCCCACGCGCUCUUCUGCUCUCGCACACUCUCUGCCCUCGCACGCUCGCUGUUCUCGCGCAUGGAGUGUUCUGCUGGGGAGAAAAGACAUUCCACGGUUGGGGCCGCAUUACCAUGGUGGUGAGGUCAGCGACACUCACGAGGAAGUGCGUUACGACAUUCUGGUUACCACAGUCACAGUCACAAGGGGGGUUACCAUGGCCCAUCGAUGGCUCGCGGUCGGGUCGUGCAAUCUCGUCACAGCCUCGCUCGUCUUCUUCCUCAUUCGCCACCUACCCAAAGGCCUCCCUCGCCUCCUCGCCCUCUCCCCCAUAAUUCUCCUCAACGUCGUCGUCCCCUGCGUUUUUUCCGCCGCGAAACGCGGCGAGUGCAUCGAGAAGGGCCUCGUGUUCUGGACCGUGUCGUGGCUCGGCAAUUUCCGCCUGCUCGCUCUCGCGUGGAACCGCGGCUCGCUCACGGACCCCGAUUACUCCUCCAGCUUUCUUCAAUUUCUCGUCGCACUGUACAUGCCCAUGCGUAAUCGCGUUCGCGAUACGGCGAAAACCGCCGUCUUUUCGCCUGAAACCCCCAACAGAAAGCAGUCCCGCCGCCACAAGCAGCCCGCAUCCGAAUCCUCGCCCCAGCUGCUUCUGCGAGGCGCAUUUAAAGCCUUCCUCCUAUCCCUCACCAUCCGAGCAUAUGCUUUCAACCUCCCCGCGCCGGCCAUCACGCUGCUGCACAGCGCGAACCUCUUCCUCUUCGUCACGCUCCUCUGCGAGCUCGUCGCAGGGGUCGUCGCCGCCGUCGCCCCGCGCUUCGCCGUGGAGCCACACUUCCGUCGCCCGUACCUAGCGACGUCGCUGGGAUCGUUCUGGGCGCGACGGUGGAACCUCGUGGUGAGCGGCAGCCUGCGCGAGACCGUCUACGAACCCGUAUUAGAUUGGCUUGAACGCCCGUGCUCAACGGAAGGAGAGAAGGCAGCUGAGAAGAGAGCGCGAGGGAAGGAGGGUAAUUCUGAGUUUGGAAAUGGGUACCCAGCAGCCAGUGGGGGGCAUGAUGCGGUGAAUGGUCGCGGCUGCGGGGUUUCUGAUGGGUUUGAAGCGGUUGAGAAGAUUAAUGGGUGCAGUAGGAAGGUGAAUGGUUACAGUGAGAAGAUGAACGGCUGCAGUGAGAAGGUGAAUGGUUACAGUGAGAGGAUCAACGGCUGCUAUCAAAGGAGCAGUCGGAAGGAGGAAAUGGGUUGUGUGAACGGGUCUGGAGAGAAUCAGAAAGGGCUCACUGACAACUGUGGUGACACUUAUUGGUUACACAAGGCAAAAGCAACGAAGCAGAACGGAUGCGCUGCACCUGCUGCCGCUGCUGGUACUACCGGUACUUCUCCAAACAGGCACAGACGCCAUGUGAGCUUCCCCAGGGCAGCAGCAACAAUAGCCUCGUUUGCUGUAUCCGGAGUGAUGCACGAGCUGGUGAUUCUGUACAUAGGCGGAGCCAUGACAGGCGAGCAGAUGGUGUUUUUCACCCUACAUGGAGUACUGACUGUGGCAGAGGCAUGGGUGAGGAAGGAGUGGGGGAGGAGAGAGCUGGUGCCGAUACCUAAGGUGGUGGCAGGAGGGCUGGCUCUUGGGUUGCUGCUGUCCACAGGCCAUGUGCUCUUCUUUGAGCCGUACCAGCGGUUAGGUGUCAUAGGGUGUGUUGUGGAGGGGCUUCAAGCCCACUCCUCGCAACUCAUACCGUAA